CUCCCCCGCCCCCCAAUCUUCGACAUCCUAAUUCUCGGCGCCGGCCCCGCCGGUCUCAACGCCGCGCUCACCUGCGCCCGCACCCGCACCACAGCCCUAGUCCUCGACUCACAGCAAUACCGCAACGAGGGCAUAUCGCACAUGCACACCGUCGCCUCCCGCGACCACAUCGCCCCCCAUGAAUUCCGCAGCAUAGCCCGCUCGCAAAUCGAAGCUCGAUACGACACCGUCUGGUUCCACCACGCCACCAUAACCUCCGCGCGCAAAACCAGCCUCACCCUCCCUAACAAUAACAACAACAACACCCAGCCAUAUGCCGGUUUCGAAAUCGUCGAUAGCGAGGGUACUUUGUACCGGAGUAAAAAACUCAUUUUAGCAACUGGAUCCAGGGAUAUCCUACCCGCUAUACCGGGGUACGCUGAAAACUGGCCUAGCCACAUCUACCAAUGUCUUGCGUGCGACGGGUACGAGCAGCGCGGUAGCGCUGUAGCUAUCCUGGGCUUCGAUUCACCGGCGUACACGCAUUUUGUGCAUAUGGCGGCGGCGCUGGAGCCGGAGUCGAUUACCAUCUUAACGAAUGGACCGGUGAAGGAAGAUGUCAAGGUGAAAGAAGCGAUUGGAGUGGCGAAAGCGAUGGGAGCGACGGUAGAUGAGCGGUGCAUUGAGCGGCUGGUUAAUAACGGGAAGAGCCAUGUGGAGGGUGUGACUGUGCGGUUUGGAGGGGGUGCGGAGACCAGGUUUGGGUUUGUGGUGCAUAAGCCUGUGACUGUGAAUCGGGCGCAGGGGCUUAUUGAGGAGUUGGGGGUGGAGACGGUGGGGGAGGAGGUGGGUGGGCAUGUGAGGAUUGUGAAUCCAAUGUUUAAUGAGACGAGUGUAAGGGGGGUGUUUGCGGCGGGGGAUACGAUGGUGGCGAUGAAGCAGGUUGUUAUUGCGAUGGCCGAGGGGGUCAAGGCUGCGGCGGGGGCGGGGAUGCAGAUUGCGCAGGAGAAGACGGCGGAGGUGGUGAGGGGUUUGGGCGAGGUGAAGGAAGUGGUCGGA